CAGUGUAGAUACAAGACGUGUUUUUCAUACGUACAAAAAAUUAACAAAAGAAAUCUGAAGUGGUGAAAGCACAGGAAAAUUUCAAUAAAAGGAAGUUUAUUUAAGUUGCUCAAUAAAAUAACUAAAUAUUGAAGUUUUGUCGAAAGCAUUUUUGCUAAAGGAAAUCUUCCACCUAUUAUCAAAGCUUCAACGUCAGAAUAUUUCACGGAAUUCGUUGUAUUACGCGGCGUCUAUCAUGGUGAUAGCGCUGGCAUGAUUCAAUAAUCCAAUGAAAAAGUCAUUUGUGGUCGUUCUAACUUAUCUAAAUAAAUAUCUAGAAUAUAUGCCAGGCUAAUGCAUCGCUUCCAUCACAUCAGUAGCAGCAGCAGUGCUAGAAAAUAGUUUUCAAAUUAGUCUUAAGGAGGAAAAUCAACUUUGCCAGAAUGUUGAUAAGAGAAGUUUGCUCGUUUUUAUUUCGAAUCUACAUUUCGUUUUAUAUCGUCCAUUGGCCCAAUGGUGGAAGCCUGGUGGUGUCUGGUGAAAAAAUCAAUUAUAACCUUGUACAUUCCUGGGCAGACAAAUUGGGCAUGGAGUUGUUCCAUUUAGGUGAUUUUAUUACACGUCGCAAAGAAGUUCAAGAGAGCUUUAAACAAGCCCAGGUCGUUACAAGAUCUGGUGCUAAAAUUGUUGAAAACAUGGCUAAUGAAAUCAAGAUAAUGAUGGACUCGAAAAUAAGUGCCGUGCGCCGCAUCAUGGAUACCGCCGAAAAUACCGCCUUAACAUAUCAAAUGGAAAAACCCGAUCAACUCUUUUCAUAUUACAAUUCAAAAGAAAUGAUUGAGCCAGGCGAACCAAUACCAACGAAGCCACCACGAGAUCUGGAGGAUGCGGGCGCUGAAAAAAUAUUUGUAACGCCUAAAACUAUUGUUCUAACACCGAAAGAGGAAUUUUUUAACACACCAGUUAAUAUGAGUGUCAGCUCAGUGCAUGUGCCAACGAAUGUCUACGAUAGAGCAUUGGACACAAUAAAAGCCAUUGAAUGGUCAGAAAAUUUGGAUCAGAUAUUUCGUGAUAAUUAUAAAAACGAUCCAACGCUGUCGUGGCAAUUUUUUGGUAGUUCGACCGGCUUUAUGCGUCAAUUCCCGGCAUCGAAAUGGAAGAUGGAACCGGUUGAUCUAUAUGAUUGCCGGUUACGUCCAUGGUACAUGGAAGCGGCCACAAGUCCAAAGGAUGUUAUUAUCCUCUUGGAUAGUUCAGGCUCUAUGAUGGGGCAGAGGCUAGAUAUCGCAAAGCAUGUUGUAAAUACCAUACUUGAUACAUUAGGUACAAAUGACUUUGUGAACAUCUUCACCUUUAGCGAUAAAGUCAAGCCUGUUGUUGGAUGUUUCGAGGACACACUCGUUCAAGCAAAUCUUGGCAACAUUCGAGAGCUUAAAGAGGGAAUUGAGACAGUUAAAACCGUGUCGAUCGCCAACUUCACCGCUGCAUUGACAAAAGCUUUUGAGGUUUUGGAACAAUUUAGGACGGAACAACAUGGCGCCCAAUGCAAUCAGGCCAUUAUGAUUGUUAGUGAUGGUGCGCCAUUUAGUUAUGAAGAAAUUUUCGAAUUGUACAAUUGGCAAAAUUUGCCAUACAAACCAGUGCGUGUCUUCACCUAUUUGAUUGGUAAGGAAGUGGCCGAUGUGAAGGACAUCAAGUGGAUGGCGUGUGCCAAUCAAGGAUAUUAUGUGCAUUUGGCCGAUACGGCCGAAGUGCGGGAAAUGGUGCUGAAUUAUAUUCCAGUCAUGGCCAGACCUCUGGUAUUGGGUAGACAUGAUCAUCCGGUAAUAUGGACUCAAGUGUAUGCUGAUGUUGAGGAUACAGAAAUGUCGGAUUACCUUUGGCAAAAUGAACAAAAUAAUGACCAAAAGGAAAAUAUUUUAGAAUAUCGUAAAGUAAGCUUCCGAAUGUUGGACCCAGAUGAGGUGCGACGUCGUGAAUAUCGUCGAAUGAGAAAGGCCUGGGAUCAACCUACAGACACAGAUAUAUAUAAAUUUAUGACCACCAUUUCCAUGCCUGUCUAUGAUCGCCGAGAAAAUGCGAAUGUCACCGAACUGGUUUUAAUAAACGAAGCCCUCUGGGAAAUGCAAACACGUGAGACAAGAGUUGCGAAUUUAUUGGGAGUCGCCGGGACUGAUGUGCCGAUCAGAGAUAUAAAAAGAUUGCUUUCACCAUUUUUGCUGGGUGUAAAUGGCUACGCGUUUGUUGUUACAAACAACGGUUAUAUACUAUUCCAUCCUGACUUUCGUCCAAUUUUCCAAGGUUACAUACUAAAACCUGCCUAUAACAGUGUGGAUAUGAUUGAAGUGGAACUAUUGGACGAUGAUCGACCACCUAGAGAUUUUAAUCCAGUGCUACUGACGAUACGUGAUUCCAUUAUUAAUCAGUCAACUGGUAGCAAAUGGAUGCUGGUGAAAAAUCAUUUCGAUGAAAUGAAACGGGUUGCUCGGGUAAAGCGCCAAUAUUAUUGGACAGCUAUUAAAAACACCCCAUUCACCUUAGUGAUAACUUAUCCCGAGCUUUACGGUGUUAAUCGUCUUCAAAUACGAACAGAAGAUGAAAUACACCGUAUAAGUAUCAAAGGCAGUAAUACACUGAGCUUUUUCACUGGCAAACGCUGGAAAAUCCAUCCAAAAUGGCUCUUUUGCAAGCACAGCAAUAUGACAUUCCAAUCACCCGAGGAAGAACUCCUGUGGUUUCUGGGUAAAAUGUCACAGCCAGGAUGGAAAUGGCCAUCAAGCAGAAGUGCACUGCCUCCUGAACACACAGCUGCUAUGUUUUCUAACACAUCUGCUGGACGCAUUCCACCAUUCGACAAUUACUAUUGUGACCGGCAAUUGAUGCAGUCAUUAGUGUUCGAUGCACGUGUCACAGAAUGGUUCUCGAAAAAUACAAGUUUCAACUCCAAAGAUGAUAAGGGAAAUGAAUUCAAACAACGCUUCGGAAUCAAUGUGGCAUUUUUGGCCACCCACAGUGGUUUAACCCGAUGGCAGGAAUUCCAUUCCAAUAUGGCUGAAGAACAGGGAGCUGGGGAUAAAUUUAGCGAAACUAAUAAUAAAGCUAUUGAUGAAGUUUGGUAUAAAAGAGCCGUAGACCAACACUUUGUGCGAGAAGAGAGUUUUGUCUAUUCAGUACCAUUUGAUGCGGGAGAAACUAGCCCCGAUCCGAUAGUUACGGCAAGUCAUGCUAUUUUCCACAGUGAGGGUGGAAAAUCUGCUCCAGCCGCCGUUGUUGGCUUCCAAUUUCAAUACAGUGCCUUGCACAAGCUUUUCCGUAAUAUAACAGGAAAUGCUUGUGCCGUGGAUGAUAAGAGUUGCUAUGUACUGGACAACAAUGGAUUUAUAAUUGUAUCAUUAAAUCGCCAUGAAACUGGUCGGUUCUUUGGCGAAAUAAAUGGAGCAAUAAUGCACCGUUUGGUCGAAGAGAAUGUUUACAAAAGAGUUAUAGUCUAUGACUAUCAAGCCAUAUGUUUUGUACCAGAUGGUGAUAUGAAUUGUUCGCCAAAUAUUCUAUCGCCUCUAGUCCAUGUAUUUAAAGCAUUUAGAUGGUUGCUCUCCACAUUAGUGCUAUAUCUAUUAGAGAUAAGUGCGGUGGCAGCUGAUUUCUUCGAACAUUAUGUGGAUGAAAAUAUGACAGAUUAUAUGGUAAAUGUUAAAAACAAUGAAUGGGUACGCCUGGUGACCUUGCAAAGGACCAGACUGAAACAAUGUGACAUGCAACGUGAACUCUAUACGUUGUACAAUGCUACAGGCAAUGUUGUCUACAACAUGACAGCGCAUGGAUGCGAGAGACCAUUUGUCGUACUGCCAAUACCAGCGAGUAAUUUGAUCCUGCUGGUAAUUGAUCAAAUGUGUCCACGAGAUGUAACGCAUGUAUUAACCGUCAAUCCGAUGGAUAUCAAUUAUCCAUUAGAUGAAAAUCAAACAUUGGCAUGUUUCAAAAAGGAUCACGAGUUUUCACGUGUUCGUCCUACCAGUUGCAUAAAUAAACAUAUAAAUGAAAGCAAUAUUGAAUUAUGUGGCAAUGCGUCUAGCAUUUUCAUAAACGUUUUCCUAUUUAUAAUAGCCUUAUGUUCCAGUCGUUUUCUCUAACGUUGCUUGAAUGCCAUGUUAACUAUCUCCUAAGUAAACCAUUUUUGUUGUUAACUUACUUUUGUUAAAAAAAAGAAAGAAAAAAAUUAGAAAAAACUAUGUAAGACAUUUGUGCAUUGUAAAUUUUGUAAUUUAUCAAAGAAGUUUAACUAUUGUUUUGACUAAUUCAUAGUGUAGCUACCAGAAAUCUCAAAGGACCUUACACCAACCAACCAAAAAAAUACGAUAUAAAGAACUUUUGUAAAUUAUAUUUAAAAUAAAAAACAAAAAAACUAUUCACACACACAAAACAAACUAAUAAAAUAGUCAACAAAAUCAGUUUAGCUUAAAUUUAUAGAUUUAAAUAUGUAGUUUAAAUACAUAAUCGAAGAUCACAUUAACCAUUCCUGAACUUUAGAAUUCAUGAUGAAAAAUAUUUUGUUACUUUCUCAAAAAUAACUGCAACCAAAACACUUUGCUUGCUAUGAAAUAAUGGAUGUACAUUCCAUAGGUAAAUUUCUGUGGUAAUUGAAGAAUAUAAAUAUGUGUGAAUCACUUUCAAAUUACACACUUCGUAGUUUUCAAUCUAGGACUACCGAAUGGUAACACACAUACGAUAUAACCUCUAUAAGGUGACUGUGGCUCAUAAUUUUUUGAAUGACUUAUAACAAAUCUAAAAACAUACAUUGAACUGUUUUUCAGUUUUUAAUUUGGCUGUUAGUUAAUGUUUUUAUUCUAAUAAAAUAUCACAAAUUCAUUCCAAUCGGAUUUAUUUGUAUACUCGUCCUAUUUUUGUAUAUACGUUAUUUCUUAUUGAGCUCAAUUUUCGAUCAGAAGCAACAAAAAUUUACAAAUGUAUGUGGCAAUCGCUAGUGACAGAGUCUUGUACACUGCUAUUUUGGUCCGGCUAAAGAUUGAGGUGAUAUUAGACGCUUACUGUUCUCUGCUAUCGUUUUCCUUUUUAGCUGAGUAUGCACUUCCAUCGAAAUUUUCGGGUGCAGCCAAGACAUUUAUGUCGCCACUGAAAAAUAGUUGUGUAGAAUACAAGAUGGCGACAAACAUCAAUUUAUAAUUUUGGCCGAAUUUUUAUCAUUUUUGGCUAAUAAAGUACAUAUGUGCUGUAAUGCAUCGUUCUUAUUUGCAGAUAAUUUUAUUUCAUAUUGCAUGUAGCUAUUGAAACAUACAUUGGUCUUUGUUUGCGAUUAAGGCACAUGUUUUUUGAGAUAAAUUCUUGCAAGAGUUUAUGACAAAUAUGAAGUUUUUUUACCCCGACAAAACCUUUCUUUAUUGACAUACAGAACAUGUUAUUAAGGAUUUCAACUAGUUUUUCUUCAUUUAUAAAUUAACUAGCUGACCCGGGCCCGCUCCGCUACGCCUUAUUUCACUUUAUAUGGAACAAAAGUUUCCUUGGAAUAUUUAUUUUCGACAAUUAAAGAUCUUUUAGUGAAAUACCAUGCUAACUUGUCUAACAGUUUAACAAUAUAAGUGCCUUUAUCCCUGAAUCCCAUAUGAUCUUUAUUGGUCUACGAAUUUAAGUUUGGAUGUAAGGUGUACUCCAUUCAUAAAAUACUUCAUUUCAGCCCGAUAUUCUCAUGAUGUCUGAUUUAGUGGUUUUUUCGGGGGAGAGGUAGUCCCUCAGAUACUUGGCCCUGAAAAAAUAUCAACAUCUUGCUCUUCUCUCAAGUACCAUUUAUUGAAACCUCAUAUUGCCAUUGGCUUAUGUGGAGUUUACAGGAUGAGGCGCCCCUAAACACGUGGCCCCAAAAUAGGUUAUCAAAUUCGUUUUCUAAUCUCAAAUAUCUUUCAUUUGAGCCACAUAUUGGCAUAGUCGAAAAAAUUUUUCCCUUUGGGGGUGUUUUGGGAAAGGGGUGUUGGUCCCGAAAAUGGGUAUCAAUUCUUACUCUACCCCCAAUACUUUUCAUUUAGGCCCACAUUGUCAUGGUCGGUAAAUAUGCCCGAUUUAGGGGUGUUUUGGGGAUUAGGGUGGUCGCCGAAACACUAAGCCCGGAAAAUAUAUCAGCAACGUUCUCUAUUCUCAUAUAUCUAUAUAUCAUUUAUUUGAACCUCAUAUUGUCAUUGGCCUCAAAAUUGGAUAUAAAAUUUGUUUUCAAAUCUUUUUUAACUCCUUAUUGCAAAGUCAGCAAAUAUGUCCGAUUUGGGGUAUUGGCCCUAAAAACUAUUAAUAUUUAGUACCACUCUCUUUAGGACCCAAAUUGUCUUGGUGAGCAAAUACGUCCUAUUUGGGGGUUGUUAUGGUGGUGGGACGUCCGCUAGACAGUUGGCCCCUAAUGUUGAUAUCAGAUACGUGGUCUACUCCCACAUACCUUUAAUUUGAGCCCCAUAUUUCCAUAGUCGGCAAACAUGACCGGCUUGGGGAGUGUUUUGGGGAACGGGCGGCCACUCAGUGAGUUGGCCUUGAAAAUAUAUAUCGGAUUCGUGUUCCACUUUAAAAACCCUCUUAUUUGAGCCCCAUAUUACAAUAGUCAGAAAAUACUUACUAUUUGGGUGGUGUUGUGGGGGUGGGGUGGCCCCAUAGACACUUUUUCCGAAUAUUGAUAACAAAUUCGUGCUUUACUCCCAAAGACCUAUCAUUUGAGCCCCAUAUUGCUAUGGUAGUAAAUUUGCCCCCUUUGGGGUAUGUUCUUGGGGAGAGGCGCCCCCCAAACACUUGGUCCCAUAUUUGGAUAUCAGAUUCUAAUUCUACACUCAAAUACCCUUUUUUAAGCCCCAUAUUCCCAUGGUCAGUAAAUAAGUCCUGUUUGGGGGGUGUUUUGGGGAAGGGGUGGACCCCCAGAAACGUCGUCCCACAAAUACCUUUCAUUUGAGUCCCAUAUUGCCAUGAUCGGUUUAUGUCCGAUUUAGGGGUGUUUUGGUGGUUGGGUGGUGUUGUGGGGGUGGGAUGGCCCCAUAGACACUUUCCCGAAUAUUGAUAUUAGAUUUGUGCUUUACUCCCAAAUACCUUUCAUUUGAGCCCCAGGUGGCUAUGGUCGUAAAUGUGUCCCCUUUGGGGGAGGUUUUUGGGGAGAGGCGGCCCCCCAAACACUUGGUCUCAUAUUUGGAUAUCAGAUUCGAAUUCUACGCUGAAAACCCUUUAAUUUGAGCCCCGUAUUCCCAUGGUCAGUAAAUAAGUCCUGUUUGGGGGUUUUUUGGGAAGGGGUGGACCCCCAGAAACGUGGUCCCACAUUUGGAUAUCAGAUUCGUAUUCUACUCGCAAAUACCUUUCAUUUAAGCCCCAUCUUGCCAUGGUCGGUAAAUAUGUCCGAUUUAUGAGUGUUUUGGGGGUUGGGGUGGACCCCUAGCACUUGGUCCGACAAAUGGAUAUCAGAUACGUUUUCUUAUCCUAAAUACCUUUCACUUAAGUCCCAUAUUGUCGUGAUUGGUCUAAAUAUAUGUUUGGUAGGUUUUAGGGUGGGGCGGCCCCCCUAGGUGCCCCAUCCGAAAUUUAGACACUUAAUUUUUAUUUUUAGGGUACUAUAUGAGAGCACACAAAAUUUCGCUUAAAUCGCACCACCCAUCUCCGAGAUCUGGCGUUUCUGAAAUUAGGGUAAGGGGGAGAGUCCAAAAUAGUUGCUGUUGUUUCUUUGUCGCGUAAAUAUAACCAAACAUUUACCGAAUGUUACAAAUUGUCACUUUCCGAGUUUACCAUCCGCACUCGUCCGAGCUGCUCAAUAUUACUGACUACUCUUUGCUUAGUCAAAACAAAAAUGGAGAAAAUGUUGUGUGUUCUCUAUACCAAUUGCAAUUAUUGGUCUAAACGCUCAAAUACUCACCCUUUCUCUCUAGGAGGAGAGACACAAGAGAAUAAUUAUUGUCCAGUACACGAAUAAUUAAAUUGAUAAAAUUUACGAUAAACAAUGUUGGUUACGUUCAAUAAAACUACGUUUAUGGCUAGCGUUUGAUAUGUUGAACGUUACACGGUUACAAUGAAAACUUCGUGAUAAACGUAUUUUGUUUGUCGUAAGAAUUUCCCAACUGUUUUAUUUUUUUGUGUGUAUGCAAGCGUUUAGGAUAUGUCAAUGCAUUUCUUACGGCUACGAAAAUUUCGCCAAUUUCACAACACUGAAAUUGUUUUAUUUAGUUUAUUGCAAUUCCGCAGGGACGUAGCCAGAGGGGCUAUCGGGCCCGAGCACAAAGAAACAAAUUUAAUUUAAAUUAUUCUAAACACAAAACGUUAGCACAAUUUUCUUCAAUGACAAAAUGCCGUAUUUAUAAUAUUCUGUAAGACAAAAUUCAGCGCAGGCCAGGGCCGCCUCAAAAUUAUUGCUCUUAAGUACAAAAUUGUAAUGACAUUCUUACUAAAAACUAAAUUUUAAUGACAUUUUUUCUAAAGACAAAAUUUCAGCAUAACAUUUUCAAACAACAAAACUUUAGCCAGAGCCGGAACACCCUCGAUUUUUUUUAAACAAGAUUUUAGUACAAUUUUUUCUAAGGACAAAAUUUUAAUGAAUUUUUUUCUUCUUUUAAUGAAUUUUUUUGCCAAGUUUUGGGCCUAACUUAAAAUUAUUUUUAAAACCAAAAAUUUCAAUACAAUUUUUUAUGCCUGCUCAAUGUGUUUUGCGACACUACAUUUUUCAUAAACUUUUUUAAAGUCUUCUUAUUAGAUAUUGGUCUAAUCUGGACACAAUUUCAAUAACAAAAUGAAUUUUUUCUAUAUAAAGAUAAUACUUCAUGAAAAAUUUUAAUAAAAUUUUCUGUAGACAAAAUGAAAAUACAUUUUUUUUCAGUGUCAAUAAAAUUUUUUCUUAAGACAAAAUUUCAAUGAAAUACUGCCACAAGGACAAAAUGAUGCUCAGGCCUGGACCCCUUCGAAAUUAUUUUUCCUAAAAGACAACAUUUUUCUAAAGGCAAAUUUUAAUCAAUAUUUUUAAAAACAAAAUUUUCCUUAAAAACGGAAUUGCAAUGCAUAGUUUUUGUUUUAAACAAAAAAUUAUUAAAAUUUUCUUUAAGCCAAAAUCUAUUGUACAUGGAAUUUUUGUCCCAAAAAUUUUUCAAUAAAAAUUGUUCCGGAAGGCAAACAUUUAACCAAAAUUUCUAUAAGACAUAAUUCGAGAUGAACUUUCCCUCAAUUCCAUUUUUUAUACCCUCCACCAUAAGAUGGGGGGUAUACUAAUUUCGUCAUUCUGUUUGUAACUACUCGAAAUAUUCGUCUGAGACCCCAUAAAGUAUAUAUUAUAUUCUUGAUCGUCGUGACAUUUCAUGUCGAUCUAGCCAUGUCCGUCCGUCUGUCCGUCCGUCCGUCUGUCUGUCGAAAGCACGCUAACUUCCGAAGGAGUAAAGCUAGCCGCUUGAAAUUUUGCACAAAUACUUCUUAUUAGUGUAGGUCGGUUGGUAUUGUAAAUGGGCCAUAUCGGUCCAUGUUUUGAUAUAGCUGCCAUAUAAACCGAUCUUGGAUCUUGACUUCUUGAGCCUCUAGAGUGCGCAAUUCUUAUCCGAUUGGAAUGAAAUAUUGCACGACGUGUUUUGUUAUGAUAUCGAACAAAUGUGCCAUGUAUGGUCCAAAUCGGUCCAUAACCUGAUAUAGCUGUCAUAUAAACCGAUCUUAGGUCUUGACUUCUUGAGCCUCUAGAGUGCGCAAUUCUUAUCCGAUUGGAAUGAACAACAACUGUGCCAAGUAUGGUCCAAAUCGGUUUAUAACCUGCUAUCGCUGUCAUAUAAACCGACCUUGGGUGUUGACUUCUUGAGCUUCUAGAGGGCCCAAUUCCUAUCCGAUAUGGCUGAAAUUUAGCAUGACGUAUUUUAUUCUUACUUCCAACAACUGUUUUAAAUAAGUUUUAAAUCGGUUCAUAACAUGAUAUAGCUGCCAAAUAAACCGAUCUGGGAUCUUGACUUCUUGAUCCUCUAGAGGUCGCAAUUAUUAUCCGAUUUGACUGGAAUUUUGUACUACGGAUCCUCUCAUACACAUACGUGUAUUUUAUGGUCUGAAUCGGUCUAUAGUCUGAUACAGCUCCCAUAUAAAUCGAUCUCUAUAUUUUACUUCUUGAGACCCCAAAGGCCUCAAUUCUUGUUCGAAUUGGCUGACAUUUUACACAUAUAAUUUAAUUGUGAUCCAAACUGGACCAUAUCUUGAUAUCGCUCUAAUAGAAGAGCAAAUCUUUUCUUAUAUCCUUUUUUGCCUAAGAAGAAAUUUCAGCAAAAAAAAAAAAGAAUUCGACAAUUGCGACCCAUGGUGGAGGGUAUAUAAGAUUCGGCCCGGCCGGACUUAGCACGCUUUUACUUGUUUUACUUAAUUUGAAAUUUUAUCGGUACAAAAAUUUUCUAUAAGAAUGGUUUUUUAAUAAAAUAUUGAAUGCUUGUUAGUCUGAAAAAACUUUAAGACGCCGAAAUGGCCACCUUGGUUAAUUUACAUAUUAAAAUAAUUAUUUCAAAUGAAACCAUUUCGUUUUUUUUCUUCUUGGAAUUCACAAUACAAUAUUUAACAUUCGCAGGUUCAAAGAUUUAAUGUACGUCGUAGUCCAAGUCGUGGGUCAACUAUAUAAUUUGUAGAAAAUUGCCAUAUACAUAUAUCCCAAUUUUUCAUACAUAUCGAAAGAAAAAUUAAAGCAGACAACAAAUUUAAGAAGAAAAAUUGCCCCAAACAAAUCCUAUUAGUCAGCAGAUUUAUAUUAUGAGAGUGUUAUAUUACACUUACUAUUAAUGCAAAUUUUAAGCAAAUACGGCAAUAGUUGGAUACAAUUUAGAGCUAACACCUUGUCCAUCAAAACCGGAUUUUCGAUCGAUUUUAAUAAAGUUCGAAGGAGAAUUUAAUGACAUCAUUUAAGCAGAAUUGUUUUUUUUUUGCUUUGCUCGAAAUUAUUUUUUGAAAUAUUUAACAAUUAUAGCUGCUUAAUGUUUUCAGUUUGAAUGGGUAAAAUUUUAUGGAAAUUGAAUUCAUUUAAAACCAAUUAAUAAACAGAAACAAUAACCUGUUGAAAUAAUAAAAAUAGUUUGAGAGCAAAUUAAAAUGAGCGCAAAAGAAAAAAAUGUCAUCAAAAUACUGAAGCUAAGUCGCCGAAACUUUCACUAUAAAACUAAGAUAUUCGAAAAGUCAAUCUUCUUUUGAAGGAUUAAAAAUACUGGGACGGCCUAAGGCACUAUUCAUAGGCCGAACAUAACAAAAUCGAGUUCUGACUUUAUGACCAAAUGCCACCACCGACGGGCCAGUUCUUGCACCCACUAGCGACCACUAAAAACUUGAGGUAUCUACAGUAAUUUCACGGCAACAGAUAAAUUUUGGCAAUGUUUUGCCUGUUAGGGCGAAGAUCAUUAAAUUUUACAAUUUUUGUUUGUUUCUCUUUCGAGACGAGCUCAAUGAUCGGAGAUGCAAAUGAAAAAGGAAAGCCAAAGAUAGCAAUACACACCAACCACUGUGGGACGCGUUUCGUCUUUGGUUAGAAGACUUUUCAAGCAUAUUAGGUGUGUCCAUUGGUAUGUUGCAUUUGAAUCGUAUUAAUAGCGAGAACUCAUCUAUGAUACAAUUACCACAUUAACCAUGCUCGACAACCCUGUUUAUUAGCUGUACUUUUCCCAAUGCAUGUAUUUUUGUGUAAUGACAGACAUUCUUUCUGUGAAAAAUUACACUUCUUCCGUAUUACACAUAAUUUUGUGCAUCUGUUGGAAGUUGUAUUGAUGGCUUCGAACGCUAAGACAACGGCAAUGGCUCACGCUGUUGCUCCGUGUGCCCAGGUUCGAUUCGAAUUUUUAAUUUUUUUAGUUUUUUGCCUGUUGGGGCGAAGAUCAUUAAAUGUUACAAUUUUUGUUUGUUUCUCAUUCGAGACGAGCUCAAUGAUCGGAGAUGCAAUUGGAGGAAAAGAACAGCUAAUAGACAGGGUUGUCGAGCAUGGUUAAUGUGGUAAUUGCAUCAUAGAUGCAUUUUCGCUAUUAAUACGAUUCAAAUACAACAUACCAACGCACGACCCUUGAAGCCAUCACACCUAAUAUGGUUCAAAAGUCUUCUAACCAAAGACGAAAUGCGUCCCAUAGUGGUUGGUAUGUGUUGCUAUCUUUGGCUUUCCUUUUCCAUUUGCAUCUCCGAUCAUUAAGCUUGUCUCGAAAGAGAAACAAACAAAAAAUAUGUAGAAUGGGCCAAAAUUAAAGUUUAAUCUCUACAUUGUUUUUGUCCAAAUCCAUGGGAUGAAUGUUUCCAUAAAACAAUUUCUAAAAACGUGUAUUUAAUUUUUUUGAAAUAUCCUAUACUUUGACGUCUUGCCUAUUAACACUAAUUCACUUAGUUCACCGAAAGGUUUAUGUGAUUUUUACCAAGUAGCAAAUCUCAAAUUUCUACGAAAAUGUUCAACAAAAAUAUAAAAAACAAUAUGUACCUUUUUAGAAAAAUAAACUAUAAGUUCUUUUUUUAUAAACACACACUUCUGUAUAACUUGGUUUUGAACUCCCUAAUUUGUAUUUAUAAAAAAAAAUAAUGCAUUUAAUACGUAAUAGUCAAAUUCAAUAUUUUUAAAUAAAUAACACGAUACACCUGAGUACAUUUUAAUCUUUUUUAAACCAAUUGUAAAACUCCUGCGUAUUAAAUAAAAUAUAGGUAAACUCAAAAUAAGACUCGUUUCAAUGCGAUUUUUUAGAAAAUGUAUGUAUCGUUUGUCAAAAAAAAAGAUCCACUGAUCAUUUGAUGUACAAUUGAAAAACUUAUCAAAUUUUGUUAAGUAUAAAAACUAGUGCGAAGCAAUUUUCAUGUAUAUGUUGACAGAUGAUAUGUUCGGAAACAUAUGUUUUUCCAAAGCGUAUUGUUUUUAAAGACAGCCAGAGCCGAAUUAUUGCAUACGUGAAAGAGUAAAACCGUUCGAAAUCGUUCUAUUGUGAAUUAUGUAUUUCUUUAUUGAAAGAGAAUUUUUCAAAUUUAGGAACGCAAAUCCUUAAGUCGAUUAUAAUUUAUAAAAAAUUUGCCAUUAAAAUGUUUAUAAAAGGGUAAUAACAUCUAUUUAAUACGAGAUGAAAUUUCAUUCGAUUCGAAAGCGCACUCGAUCACAUAUGCGGUAAUUCGGCCCCUGCUUUUCCUUUAGCUCGGACUGAACAUUGCAUAAUCCCCCUCAUCAUAUUUAUUUAGAUCUUCAAAAAUUUAUAUUUUGUUGCAAUCUCUUCUUGGCAGAGGCUUCAUUUUUUAUAUGAGAAAAGAUUUCCCUGCUCUGCAAUCAUCGCAUAUAUUCCUUACUAAAGACGAAACGACUCAUUUGGCCUUAAGAGAAAUAUGAUAAGAAAACAUUUACUUCUAUAGGUAUAAAUAAUUUAUUUAAAAUAGAAUAUUUUCUCAAGGUCAUGCUUUAACUGAUAGCUUUUUCCAUUAUAACUUGGGAGGGUUUACCAGGAUUCACGGAAUAAGGUUAAGCCAAGCGAUCAGCCGACAUAUUUUUUUUUUAAUUUUUGACAGUACUUGGCAUUCAAGAUAUAUUAAUUUACCGGUAGUGGCAGUUGCCCAACAACAAAAUAUUGAGUGCACUAUCUGUAAAAAUCAGUGAUUAGUGCAACUCUGAUUUUGUGUAUAUUACUACUUUGCGCCAUUUUUCAUUGUUUGUGUUUUAUGGUUCUUCGCGAAAAAAUUGUACUCAGCUGUUUACGGUGCACUAUGUCAUGCUUGGCAUUGAGGAUGUCAACUUUUUCUCUUUUUACAUUCAUUCUUUGUUUACGUUUUCUCCUAUUUGAUGACACUUUCAAUCGGCAGAUCAUCCUUAAUGAUGUUCAUGGGGCCUUUCCACUUUAUGUUUUCGCAAGUGACCUAACCUUCUAUUAUUGAAUCCUGAGGGUUUACAGAGCAACAAUACAUUCGUGUGUCUUUCUCUACCAUCAUGGUAAAUACCAUAAUCGUCAUCUUUAUUUAGUUCGACUGCAUAAAAGAUUCUCUUCAGGUACCAAUUAUUUGUAUAAAUUCACUGAAAUUGACAGCCAUUUACUUUUGAAAAACGCCAACAAGGCUUUCCCCCGCCCUAUAAAAUACCCUUUAUUAACACUAACCACACUCCAUCCAGUAUGGAAACUAGCUUAUACUCAACAAACCAAUGACAUAUAAAUGAUACAUUAACAUCAUGAUGAGAGUUUGCACUCCAUAGUCCAAAAUACUUACAUAAUUAUAUUGGUAACAAUUCACUUCUUUUUUUACAUUAAAGACGAGUAUAAUAAUGAACAAAAUAAAACCAAAAAACUACAACUUUUGAAAAUGUGCUAAAGCUUUUAAUUAACUAAGUAAUAAUUUGUACUUCAAAAUUUAUUAUAUUAAUAAAUAAUAUAAAAAUGUAUACUAA